AUGAACUUGGAUGAACCACGAGAGUUUCGCGAAGAGCUCUUAGAAUGUGCAAAACUAAUCAAAUUACCAAAAGAAGAUUACACCCAAGAACUAUUCAAACAAAUCGGACUCGAGCCGUUUACUAUAUCAAACAACAAUGUCAAAGAAACGAUUAUUAGCGAAUCCAAGAAUCGCAUAGAACAUCAUAUUGGCAAAUGGAUAGUGGAAGAUCAAAAUGCGAUAACGCUAUUGAAGGAAGUGAUUAAAGGAGUUCAAGUGUCAGAAAUUGAGUCGGGCGAAACAGCUUGUGAAUCAAAAGAAACGAUCAACGAUUAUUAUUUAGAACAGCCGUUGUUUCCAAGGCAUGUUGAAGAAAUAAAACCGUUGCAAAAAUAUCCUGUGCUUAGCUUAAUGCAGUUAUCCAAGCGAUUGCCUAAAUUUGAAGUCAUCGAGAGUGAAGAACUAGUGACAAUGGAACAAGGAACAAUGCUCAUCGAGGAUUUAUGUAAUCUAAAUCCGAACAUUACAAAAGAAGAAAUUGAAUACAUCACCUCUAUCUUACACGAACAACAAAAACUUCUUCAUCAGCAACAAACUAACUUUCAUGAACUCUGUUCGUUUGACGCUCUGUUGGAUGAUUUAUAUCUCGAGGAAUCUUUAAUACCUGUAAAAGAUUAUCGUAUAAUAAAUCAACGAUUCCCGAAAUCUUUCAGUGAGAUUAUUAUGCCGUUAGUGGAUAAAGAGUUCAAGGAAGCGUCUUCAACAUCCACAUCGAACGAGAACACUAAUGAUCAAUUGGUGCCCGAAGAGAAAGGAAUUAAAGUUCCAUUAGAAUGGGUGAACGAAUGGGAGGGAAUUAGUGAUCAUCCACUCGAUUCAGAAGAAACAGUUUCUGCAAGUUUUAGCGAAGUGCCAGUUGAAUUGGACGCAACAACUUGGAAUGAUAUGCAAUUAGAGCUUGCUUUAAUUCCAGCAAAAAAAGAUCCAAUAGAAGCAAACAAUCGGAAAAGACAACUCAAAAAAUCAAAAACUGUAAAAGAUGAAGAUUCAGAUAAAGCAUCAAUUGAUGAUUUGGCAAUGAUGAAUUCCUUGGCCAAAACAAUCCAAGCUGUUGUUCCUUUUGAAAAAGAUAUGUUAAAAGUUUCACCACUUGAUCAAGAAACUGAAUCUCUCAUUAAUGACAUGGAAAAAUUGUUUGCGGCAAAAAUUAAAGGUAACGAAUGGAAGACGCUGAUCUUGGAACAAUCAAUGGAUGAAGUUGGUGGAUUGAAAUUCGAAGUACCAGAAUUACCGCACCCAUCAAUAAUCGCCAAACUCAAAAGUUCAUUAAAAUGCCCGUUCAUUCCGUCGCGUUUAUCGGAUCUAGUCGCUCGUCGUAGCAGAAACUUGUACCCUGACUUGCAACAAUACUUAGUUGCUUUCACUGGCAUAAAAACAUUUGAACUUGAAUUACAUUGGAAUCCAAUAAAGAAUCUCACUAUCUUGUCCAUUGAAAAGACAGCUAACGUCGAAUGGCUUACUGAUGAUGCGGCUGAAGGAGCAAUGAAAAAAGAGUGUUGGUGCGAUGUCAUAGUCAAACUUAUGGAUAAUUUAAAUUUUAUGAUUGAUCAAAUUGAAGAUGAUGAAAAAAUAAUUGCGAGAAAGUGUGAAGUAAUGCUGCAACAUACUAAAAAACUGACACUGUCACAUUCCGGGAAAAAUAGCAGAACAAAUGAAUUAAAGGAACGAAUAAGCUCUCAAAAUGCGAUAAUGGAAUUGAAUCCUGAAAGUAGCUCAUGUAUUGAACCUACAAACAUUAUAUCUGAGCGAAAAAACAAGGUCACCAAAUGGCUAGAAAGCAUUGAUCAUCAACAAGAUGAAUAUUUCUCAAACUCUACCGCUAUUAUAAAAAAAGAAACAGAAAGAAAUUCAGAAAUUAGUUUUGAUGAGUUUUCGUUCAAUUCUGCAGAUGCAGAAAAAAGAAAAUUAUCACUUUUCAAUAAUCUCGAUUCUUCAAAUAUGAAUACUGAAAAGUUUUCGGCAGCUAGAGCGAUUGACAGAUUCUUAACGUUGAGAGAUAAACCGAUAAAUAAUAAGGGUAAAGAGCAUAUUUCGCAUAAACAAAAGAGUAUUAUUUCGAGGACGCCUUCAAAUCAAGUAUUCUCUCCAAAUUUGCAUCGAGCUGCAUUUCCCAGUCCAAUCUAUCUUAAUCCAAUAUACCAGCAAAAACAAGAGUCGACACCCCAAUCUGAGAACAUUUACACUCAUUUGCCCAUACCAAUCACCACUCAUACAUAUAUAAUAUCAUCUCGACUCUUGCAAAACCGUGCUUUUGUGACGGCAUUAAGAAGUGAAGAUUGCAAGGUCGAAUUGAUUGAGCGUGAUUUUGAAUAUUUGAGGACAACGUUACCAGAUAACGUAUCCACUACUCAACAUGUCGAUGCCGACUUGAUUCUAGAUGAAGAAUCAGCGCUGAUUUUUCUUUCACUCUUACAACUUUCUCAACAAAACUCUGCAUCGAAUAAAAAGUCAAGCACAGAAGCGGCUCUUUCGAUUCUCCACUUACAUAAAAAAUACGCAAACUUGUAUCUGGUUCUCGAGACAUACGCGUGGAAUCAAAAAUCCAAUGAUUCAAUUAAAUCCUCUCUUAUACCAUAUCCUUUUACCUCGCCCAAUCAAAAAGCACUAAAUGAACUUUUAGUGAUUCUGGAAAGUUGCGAGUGCAACGUCGAAAUAUUUUUCUCGUCAAGAGAAGAGAUCUCGGCGAGAUAUGCGAGAAUGAUUGGAGAUUGUUGUGCUGAAAAGUGUAAUAGUGAUGAUGGAGGUGAAGGAGAACGACAAACAAAUUAUCCCGCGAAAGGUUGGAAAUCUAGGCGACAGUGGGAGUCGAGACAAUGGAUGGCAACUGAAGAAAGUCUUCAUGAACGGUUUUUGACAAGUUUUAGUCCACUAAUUAAUGCGUUUGCAGCACAAAUUAUUCUGACGGCGACCACACUUUCAGAAUUUCUUCGAAUGACGCAUAAAGAGCGCAUUGAUUUGUUUAGUGGUUGGAUUGAUGAGACACGUCUGGCGAAAUUCGACGAAACCAUAAAUGGCAUUCUUUGUCCUGAAGAGAAAAAUUCUUCUAAAGAAAAAGAAGUCGACAACAACAGAAAUAUCGAAAAUAACAGUAAUCAUAAAAAAAGAAACAUGAGCGAUAUCAAUAAUAAUAUCAAUGGUUCGAAACAAGAAAAUACUAAAUUUAAUUUAAAUCAUUUCAUUAACAACAAAAUGCUGAAUCACAAAUUUCAAUAUGAGCAACGGGAAAUAAAUAGCACCAGUUCUGGGAUAUUUCAUGCUGUUGGUGACGAGGGAAUUGAACCAAAUUUAUAUGAAGAAAUCUUAAACACGGUAUCUUCAAUAAUAUUCAGUUCAAUACUUCAAGGAGAACUUCCAGGAUCUUCAAAAAAGAAUAAAGAAUAUUAUGUACUGCUUGGAUUUUUUCAUGAACAUGGAAUUGGAACGAGAAUUGACCCUACUGCGGCAUUUCAAUUUUACAAGAUAGGAGCACUGGCAGGUGAUGCGAAUGCCCAAAGACUUUACGGACACUUGGAUCCCGAGAUGGCUUUUCGCUGGUACGAAGAAGCAUCGAUAAGUGGAAACGUCGCUGCACAAUAUCUGCUUGGAUUCUGUUAUAUGCUUGGCAUCGGUACCGACUAUAAUCUAGAACUUGCAUUUAAAUGGUUCAAGACAUCAGCCGAGAAAGGCGACGAAGAUGGACAGUUUGAAUUAGCGCAAUGUUAUCGAUUUGGUGAUGGUGUGUCUUGUGAUCACAAAUUGUCAUAUUUUUGGUAUAAACGGGCAGCUGACGCUGGACAUGCCGAUGCGCUGAUUGAAUUGGCUAGAUGCUAUUCCGAGGGACGUGGAAUACGACAAAAUCAUCGAAAAGGUUUUCUUGCUUGGAGAAUUUCGGCGUAUUCUAAAAAGAUAGUCGCGUAUCCUUGGUUGGCGUCAGCAUAUGAAGUUGGUUGGGGAACGAUGAAGGAUAAGCAUGAAGCUGUAAGGUGGUAUAUAAAGUCUAUGAAAUACAGUAAGUUUGGUGGAAGAAGUUCUUUAGAUAAUUGUUUGAGAGAAAAAUAA